AUGGUAUCGCAACUAUACACAUCGUUGGUUAGACCACACUUGGAAUUCGCAGCUCCAGUGUGGAGUCCAAGUAAUAAAAACAAUAUCAAUGACCUAGAAAAAAUUCAAAGACGAGCAACAAAGCUAGCCCCUGAACUAAAACAUCUAAGUUAUACCGAAAGAUUGACAAAGUUGGGCCUCAUAACUCUGGAAACAAGACGUAUAAGAGGAGAUCUCAUUGCUUUCUUCAAAUUAACAACUGGGAUUGAUAAGAUAUUAUGGUAUAAAGAGCCUAAUAAAGCUUCUUCCCAGAGACUUCGAGGUCAUCCAAUGAAAUUUGAAAGAGAAUUUGCAAAAACAACACCGAGACAUAAUUUUUUUACGAACAGAGUGAUACCUCAUUGGAAUGCUUUACCUGAAAAAGUGGUUUCUGCAAUGACAGUAAAUUCUUUUAAAGCUAGACUGGAUAAAUAUUUGUUAACGGCUGUUAAAGCAUAG